AUGUCAGCAGGACAGAGGUUUUCGUUUGCCAAGGAAAACGCUCUGUGUUACAAUUGCCUGAAUCCUGGUCAUGGGGUCAGAAAAUGCAAAUCGACGUUCAAGUGCAGACAAUGUAAAGGUCAGCAUCACUCACUGUUGCAUCUGCAACGCACGCAACAGGCUAUUGGAACAAUCGCUCAAACUGGUGAGGAUCAGGAGGAUCCUAGCGCACACAUCUCAACGGUGGCUACGAGUCACAUCGCACAAGCAGAAGGUUCUGCAGCAAUUGUAUGUGCACAAGGCAGUGCAAAUUCACAACAAUCAACUGGAUGGAACAGGAGCACCUUGCCUACGGUCAUGGUCAACGUUCGCAACGCAAAGGGAGAUUUGGUUGCAUGCCGACUCCUAUUGGACACGGGUUCAGAACUGUCGUAUAUAUCUGAACGCUGUAUACAAACACUUGGUUUGGCUCGUACGCCAUCACGCAUACUGGUUUCGGGAAUUUCAUCAACCAAAGCAGACACUACAAGGGGAUGCAGCACUAUAAGCAUCCAAUCCCGUAUUUCGCAAGAUCAGCUGGUAGUCCAGGCUCACGUGCUUGGAAAGAUUACAACAUCAUUGGAAAGGCAGACCAUCGACGCGUCUGUACUUCAAGUUUUCAACGAUCUGCAAUUGGCAGAUUCGCAAUUUAGCACGAAUGCCCCAAUUGACAUUCUUUUGGGCAGCGAACACGUUUGGAGUGUUAUAACUGGGAGAAAGAUCUACGACAACAAAGGAAAGCUCAUUGCUAUAUCAUCAAUUUUCGGAUGGCUGGAGAGCAUACAACGCAAGGCAGAAGUUCAACCUGAAGACGAGGAGGUGGAGAAACACUUUCUUGCAACACACACUCGAGACGAACAAGGCAAGUACAUCGUGGAACUUCCGUUUAAAGUAUCCGAAACACAAUUCGCAGAUACACUUCAAGGAGCGCUGCAGAGGUUCAAAUCUGUUGAACGACGUUUAGCACAGAAUCAACAAUUACGUAACGACUACGUAAAGUUCAUGAGGGAAUACCAGGAGCUAGGACAUAUGCGAGAAAUCUCACCGAGCGAAAUUCCCAAGGGUAGUAAUUUCUACCUGCCACAUCAUCCCGUAUUGGGUCGGAAACUUCGAGUGGUUUUCGACGGAUCAUAUCAAGACGCCAAAGGCAUGGCUUUAAACGACACGCUCUCGAUCGGACCGAGUAUUCAGCGAGACUUAUUUGCUGUGUGCUUGCGAUUCCGUAUGUACAAAUACGUCUUUUCAGCCAUAGUCAAGAUGUUCCGUCAAAUAUGGGUGAGCGAAAAACAUAGAGACUAUCAGAGAAUCGUAUGGAGAGAGGAUCCGUCAGAUCCUAUCAAGCACUUCCAACUAUGCACGGUGACGUAUGGAACAUCAUGCGCACCAUUUCUAGCAGUCAGAGUGCUAGAGCAACUAGCUGCUGACCAUAAGAACGAGUUUCCGAAUGCAGCAAAAAUCGGGUUGGAAGAUUUCUAUGUCGACGACGUGCUCACUGGAGCAAAUAGUGAGGAUGAGCUGCUACGCAACAGGGACGAACUCGUCCAACUGAUGUCCUGUGCUAACCUAGAGCUCGGGAAAUGGGUAUCGAAUACCAAACGCAUCGAAUCGGAGGAUAACACGGAUUCCUCACAAUCACCAGUCAAAGUGCUAGGGCUGCAUUGGCACCCUGGAGAGGACACAUUGUCGUACAAUGUAAACCUAUCGAAAUAUCCUAGCCGAAUGGUUAACGACGAUGGAACCAUUUCGGUCGCCAUACUUGCAGCAAAAACAAGAGUGGCACCUUUGAAGCAGCAGUCUUUGCCGCGCCUGGAACUAUGUGGCGCACUUCUACUGAGUCAACUUCUACCAUAA